AUGGAUGGACAAAAAUCUAGAUCACAUGAAGAAAUCGAGCUUGAUAUGAUCAAAACUGGAGAGAGAACCACUUUGGUAAAAACUGGAGUGGAGGUUUCCAGCAUAGCACCUGGGAAAACUGAACAGAGGCUUUCUCCCAUUCCCGAGCUAGAUCCCUGGGAAAGAGAAGCAAACGCAAGCUCUCCAGAAUUCUCUUACUCCUUAUGUUCAGUGGACAAGUACAGCACUGCCUCCUUUUCCACCAACUCACUGUCUGAAUCCCAGGAGAGAGGAGAGGACUGUGCCGGGGUUGUGCUGAAUUGUCUUUUCUGCCGAUUCUACGACCUGUGCCUCAUGCUACCUGAAACGUGUGAGCGAGCUGCUAAAUGCAUCUGUCCUGCCUACAUGUACUUUUCUACCCCUGUGGAACCUGUGCACAGCACCGACUGGAACUGCAACUGUGAUUUUGACUGUGGUCUUAUGGAUGCCUGCCAUGAAACAGGGGAAUGCCUUGAGCUUGCCAUGGAAAUCUCUGAAGUUUGCUAUCGCUGA